CCGAGGUCACGAUAAAUCGCUUGAGCUCUCACGAGAAGAGAAAUAGGACGGAUUCCGGCCGACUUCUUUCUCUGCUAGAUCUAGAUCUAUAUAUUAUCACAUCUUUGUUUGGAUAAUUGUUCUGAUUAACAGUUUGUGGUACUAAGGACCUUCAAUACGGCAUCUCAAACAAAUGACCGAAUAUAAGCUGGUGGUUGUGGGUGCGGGUGGUGUUGGUAAGAGUGCUCUCACCAUUCAGCUCAUACAGAACCAUUUUGUUGAAGAAUACGACCCUACCAUAGAGGACUCCUACAGAAAGCAAGUGGUGAUUGAUGGGGAAACUUGUCUCUUAGAUAUACUGGACACUGCAGGUCAAGAGGAGUACAGUGCCAUGAGAGAUCAGUACAUGAGGACUGGUGAAGGCUUCCUGUGUGUAUUUGCUGUCAACAACUCCAAGUCUUUUGAAGAUAUCAACCAGUACAGAGAGCAGAUUAAGAGAGUCAAAGAUGCUGAUGAAGUACCCAUGGUUUUGGUGGGCAACAAAGUAGAUCUUCCAACACGAUCAGUGGAGCAGAGGCAGGGCCGGCAUGUGGCUGAGAUGUAUCAUAUACCUUAUGUGGAGACCUCAGCCAAAACCAGGCAAGGUGUUGAUGAUGCAUUCUAUACUCUGGUCAGAGAAAUCAGGAAAUAUAAAGAAAAAAAGGGCAAAGAUCGCAAGAAGAGAAAGAUUGGAAGUAAGGGAGGCAAGCUGUCAUGUGAACUAUUAUAAUUUAUUUUAAUAAGUAAGGAUAACUCAUCACCAUCAUUGUCUCCCUUGGUCUAUGUAUUUUUUUCACACCAAAGUUGCAGGGCUGGGAAGUGUGCCACAAGUCUCCCCAUAAGUGCUUGAUAGUUGUAGAUAAAACUCAGCGUUGUUUUUUAUCUUUUAGGUUUCACCUAAUUCAUGAUUUAGUAAUACACUUAGUAUUUGUUUGAAAUCCCUCAAUGUUGAUAGAACAUGGCUCACAAUGUUAAGCUGCUGACAGUUUGCCAACAGUGGGAUGUAAGUCUGCGUUGGCCAGCUGAAACUGUCUUGUUGUGCCCAGCCUUGGUCCACACCAUUAGCAUUCAAGCCCCUUCAGUUUCUUAAAGUUCCUAGGUUCAAAUCCUACUCUUGACCCCAACUGACAUGUAGUGGUUUCUGUUUCAUGGGUUUCCUUUUUUUUUAUCAGCUACCAGCAACCUAUUGGACAUUUAUUUCCCAUCAGUUUAUUUGAAUACUUGAUGUCAUUAGAAAACUUUGGUUCACUUACAUUGAUUGUCAUUUAUUUGAUUACAAAUGAAGCUCGAAACCUUUGGAGAACAUAGUAAUGAGAAUGUUCCUGUCAGUUUUCCAUUGUUUGUCAGCUCUUGUUUAUGGCCAGAGAAUUGUGAUAGUUUCAUUUUUUACAAAGCGCCUUAGGAUGAUAAAACUGGUGAGCUACAUUUUUAAUGUAUUAUUUAGGUGACACCGGGGGUGUUCUCUAGGUUACACCAGGGGUGUUCUAAGUGAUUGGCAUGUUCUGUAGCUGACACCAUAGGUGUUGUCGGGGUGACUGCUGUCAUUGCCUUGAUGGCAGGUCACCAUGGCGACUACUUCAUCUGUACUUGUUUACAUGGUUAGCUGAUUUAUUAUUUGAUUCAAAUAUUUUUACUCAUUGUUUUAUGUGUAUAGAGGAUUGUAUAUAUUAAGCUGUGAAGGAAAUUCAUUGUGCAAUGGCAUUAGGUUCCUCUGUAAUUUUUCAUCUCUUUGUGCGGCCCAGACAGCUGAUACAUCAAGCUGCUUCUGUUCUACGCACAUUUUAUAUAGUAUUCUAUUUUCUUAUGCUUAAUUAUAUGCAAGUUCAUUGUAAAUAUCAUGUGCAAGGUUUUUUAAGAUCUUCUCUACAAAUGAUUGGGUCAGGCUGCAUGUGGGGAUGUGAUGAGCAUUCCUAACUUGAUGAGACCCAUGGACCAACCCUUCCUCAUUCAAUACCUUCAUUUGAACUAGGUUUAUUAUAGAAGAACUUAUUUCUUCAUUUUUGGGUGUCUGACCUACAAUUUGACUUUCCUGACCACUUAAUUUUUUGUUUAAUCAUGAGGAAUUUAUGCCCAACUUUUUCUUUUAGUUUUGUUAGUGAAACCACCCAAACAUUUUUACACUAAAAUAUUUUAUUUUAGAAUUACUGGCACCCAAAUAAUUAGUGAAUGAAAGUCUUUUUUUAUUUUUACUUGAUCACUUAAAUAUUUUAAUUGUGAAUAAAAAAAUAUCUAUA